AUGGCCAAGGCACGUUACGCGGAGCUCAUAUCUCGUGAGGCUCCGGCACCAACAGCCAUGGCCAAGAUAGACACCCGGCGCCUCUUUGCCCGUCAGGAAGAUGAUCUCUGUGGCCUCUACACCCAGAGUGACAAAGGUAUUACCCCCUCUCUGUGGCAAGUACGUUUCUCUAAUAAGAUAGCCGGCACUGUCUUGUCCUUUCUCUGUGGCAAAGAUACUCGGUGCGAGACCACUGGCGCGUUCUUUGGCUGCAGCGAAUCCAUAUACACAACAUGCUACGCCGCGACCGACAAGCCGCCAGCCACGAGGGAUGAGCGAGGUGCAUACUGCACCGGUUCAGUGUAUUCCCACUGCUGGACAGGAAUCAAGGAGAUCGAUGGCGAAGAUAUCACGGCGUACAGAUGCGACAGCACAGUCGUCGACGACCCUAUUUCCGUCAUGAUGACCAUCGAGAGCGAAGUGACCCAGACCAAGACGAACGACGAUGGAUCACCAACAGUCAUCGUGACAACACUCCCGCCUGUGACGGCUACAGUCAGCGUGACGGGACAGCCCGCCAGCGGAAAUUCCGAUGGAGGUUCCGAGACGCCAAUUGGUGCCAUCGUCGGCGGCGUGGUCGGAGGUGUGGCAUUGAUCGCUCUUAUAGCAUUCGGGCUCUGGUUCAUUCGCUUCCAGAAGCGCAAAGCUGCCGCGGACAAUGCCAAAUACAAUGCUCAAUCUCCUUUCGGCCAUCCCUCGAUGAUGCAGCAGGCCAUGUACGAGCAUCCCUAUCCAGGAAACCAAGCAAAUCCGGCACCUAUAUACCACCAACUCCCCGCUGACGAUUCUGAUCGGCCAAAGCCCAAGACUCCACCGCCUGUUGAGCUGCCCAACAAUUCGGUAUGA